ACAACAAAACAGACUAGUGUUUUGCUAUCUUCAAAUCAAUCAUCCUAUUAAUGCGCUACCAAGUCAAACUCACGCGAUGCGACUCCUUUUUUAUCAUCAUCGUUCUUGACUCCCAUUUUCAAUCAACCAAUCCUCCAAAAUUUUCAUCACCACCACCACCAUGCCCUCUCGCCAAUUUCCGCCACAACUGCCGCCUCCGCCGCCUCACCACUCCCUCCUCCUUCCCAUCUCCGGCAGCAUCUCCGCCGCCUUCUCCAUCCUCCUCCUCCUCACCUUCUGCUUCCGCAAACUCACCAAAAAGCGCACCGUCGUUUCCGAUUCCAAACCCCCUCACCGCUUCUCUUACUCCGCCCUCCGCCGCUCCACCUCCUCCUUCUCCCCCUCCCGCCUCCUCGGCCACGGCGGCUCUGGCUCCGUCUACCGCGGAACCCUCAAAAACCCUAGCAAAGACCUCGCCGUCAAAGUCAUGGACGUUGGCUCUCUCCAAGGCGAGCGCGAGUACCAAAACGAACUCUCUUUUGCUGGAAAAUUGGAUUCUGACUACAUCGUCUCCGCCAUCGGAUUCUCCUCCGAUCAGAAGCGACGCCGUAUGGUACUGGUCUACGAGCUCAUGAAUAAUGGAAGCUUGCAAGAUUGCUUGUUCCAUCGCAAGUGUUCGGAGCUCAUGGAGUGGAAGAAGCGGUUCGAAAUCGCAAUCGAGAUCGCGAAAGGGUUGGAGUAUCUCCACCAUGAUUGUGAUCCCGCGGUGAUUCACGGCGAUGUAAAACCUAGUAAUAUUCUGUUGGAUUUGAAUUUCAAUGCCAAAAUUGGGGAUUUUGGGUUGGCGAGGUUAAAAUCGGAAGAUCAGUGUGAGAUUGCAGUAGCAAAUGGUGGAUUGGAUGGACGGGAUGAGGACAAUGGGUCUAUUGGUUUUGAUGAGUCUAAUUCUGGUCCAAACCAGUCGCCGGAGAGUUUUGUUAGGCUUUCAGUCUCAGAGAAGUCGCCUGAGAUGGUUUUGGGGGUCAAGUCAUCGCCACCGGAGACUGUGGAGAAGAGUCUUUCGAGGAAGGAUUGGUGGUGGAAACAGGAUAAUGGUAGUAGGGCAGAGUCUGGGGUUGUGAAGGACUAUGUGAUGGAGUGGAUUGGCAAUGAGAUCAAGAAGGAGAGGCCGAAAAGUGAAUGGAUUGGAGCUUCUUCGAGUUCAGGACAAAAUGGAAAAAAAUCGGAGAGAAAGAAGAGUAGAAAACGAUUGGAUUGGUGGACUACGAUGGAUGAUGACAAGAAUGUGAAGAAGAAAGAGAAGCGGAGACCGGCAAGGGAGUGGUGGAAGGAGGAGUAUUGUGAAGAACUCGAGAAAAAGAAAAAGAAGAAGCAGAAACAUGAGCAGGGGUCGAUAAAUGAUGCCAAUAAUAGUGAAAAUUGGUGGCCAAUGGAGGAGGAAUUGAAUGCCGAUAGAAAGAAGAAGAAGAAGAGGAGUAGGAACAGUAGUCCCCGGAGUAGUGUGGAUUGGUGGUUGGAUGGGCUGAGCGCUGAGCUUGGGAGAGCUCGUCGCAACAGCCAUGGCUCUGCUAGUGGAGAGAUGGCUAAAAGUGGUGGUUGUAGUAGCACACCAAGUACCAGAGGAACUGUUUGUUAUAUUGCCCCCGAGUAUGGUUGUGGCGGUGAAAUCUCGGAGAAAUGUGAUGUUUAUAGCUUUGGGGUUUUAUUGCUAGUUCUAGUUUCUGGGCGACGUCCACUUCAGGUCACCGGUUCACCCAUUUCAGAAUUCAAACGCGCCAAUCUUCUAUCUUGGGCUCGGAACCUUGCUCGUGCAGGGAAGCUUCUUGAUUUAGUAGAUCAGUCUAUUCAAAUUUUGGAUAAACGGAACCUUGCUCGUGCAGGGAAGCUUCUUGAUUUAGUAGAUCAGUCUAUUCAAAUUUUGGAUAAAAAACAAGCCUUGUUAUGCCUUACUGUUGCAAUGCUCUGCAUUCAGAAGUUGCCUGCUCGCCGGCCUUCUAUGAAGGAAGUGGUGGGAAUGCUUUCUGGGGAGUUAGACUCUCCCCAGCUACCGGUUGAAUUUUCCCCUUCACCUCCCUCUCAGGUUCCAUUUAAGUCAAAUAAGAAGGGACCGGUGAGUUUCUAA